AUGGCGGACGGCAGACACAACCAGCAGCGGACGACAUCUCAGCCUGCUUCAAAUAACUACGAUGCUUCGACACUAAGCCGGGAUUUCGAACAGUUAAUGCGCACUAAACGAUUUAAUCAGCUUCAAGAUUCACGUUCCGGAUCCCAGUCUCCAGCUCCCAUUGCUUGUCCUAGUAUUCCGCCACCUUCUCGAGCACCACCGCCGCCUCCUCCCUUCGGCGCUUCUCCGCGCCCGUCUUCUCAACCACAAUCGACCCCAAAGUCACCCGCUCUCCGUGGCCUCCCCAUUAUGCCAUCACCACCCCAGGAUGCGCCUUCUACAAAAUUCUUUAAUUUGCUCAAUGGAUUAUCGGUUACACCUACCAAAUACGAAAACCCCGGUCUUCUUGACGAGGCUCUGACAAUCAUCCCGCUCGAUCGACUUUACUCCGAGGCCGAGGACGAGAGCCAGAUUAUGCAGGCCAAGGCUGCCAGUGUCGGUGGAAAGCCGGAAUGGGGCUACCAGGAUUGUGUGAUUCGAGCAUUGUUGAGAUGGUUCAAGUCUUCUUUCUUCCAAUUCGUCUAUAACCCACCAUGCUCGCGAUGUCACAUGCCCUCGAUCGCACAGGGAAUGACCCCUCCUAGCCCAGACGAAACCGCCCGGGGAGCCGCCCGAGUGGAACUUUACCGCUGUUCCGAGGUCAGCUGUGGUACAUACGAACGAUUCCCACGAUACUCGGAUGUUUGGCAAUUGCUGCAGACCCGCCGCGGUCGGGUUGGUGAAUGGGCCAACUGUUUUAGUAUGCUCUGUCGCGCGGUCGGGGCUAGAGUCCGUUGGGUGUGGAACUCAGAGGACCACGUCUGGACUGAAGUAUACUCCGAGCAUCAACGACGAUGGGUGCAUGUGGAUGCUUGCGAAGGAGCUUGGGACAACCCCCGUAUUUACGCUGAAGGAUGGGGCAAGAAGAUCUCUUACUGUGUUGCCUUCUCCAUCGAUGGUGCGACCGAUGUGACCCGUCGCUACGUCCGCAACUUCUCCAAAAACGGCAGCCCACGCACUCGCGCCCCCGAGGAAGUUCUCUUAUGGACCAUCCACGAGAUCCGACGAAAGCGCCGAGAGAAUAUGUCCAAGACCGACCGUGCUCGACUGAUCAAGGAGGAUGAACGCGAGGAGCGCGAGCUCAGAGCCUACACUGCCUCCGCUCUUGCAGCUGAAAUCAACAACCUCCUUCCACGCAGCAUGACUGCCCGCGCCCAUGAGCAGAAGCAUGCCGAUGCACGACAGGAGGCCAAUACUGAGUGGCUUGCGGCAAGAGGCCAUGGAAACGCUGGACCCGAUCGGUCGGGUGGCGGACGGUAA